ACCCGCUGCUGUAGCUCGAGUCUGCUCGUCCUCGUCUUCAAUGCGUUGACUAUCGUUGAGAUGAGUCAAGCAGAGAAACCUCUCCCAGCCGUCCCAUCGCGAGACAAAUUGGUUUCCAGCGCCCUCACUGCUGACGCGCGCGCGCAUCUGCAACGCUUUAUCCUGCAGGCUCUCGAAGACGAGAAUGUCGCCGUGGAUCGCGAGAACUGGGCGAACGCGCUGAAGAAGGCACUGCUGCAACUCGGCGCGAACAUCUCCCGAGGUGGCUGGCUGGCUGGCUUGAAGCGCAUGCGGCGGAAGGCUUCGAAGCGGAGGCAGGAGGAGGAAGCGCGGCAACGACGCGAGAAGCUGGAGAGCGAGAAGGCGAAGGAACAAGAGGACAAGGCUGCCAGAUACAAGACCCUCCCCAGGCCACCCAAGGGAAUAGACGAGCAGGAGGAGAAUAAACGGCCGGCCUCGGAGCACGGUUCGUCCCAGAACGCUCGUUCACUAGCCCUGGAGCAGUUGCGGGAACUCGUCGCGACCCAUGCCCAGACGCCGCCCCAGCCAAAGCCCUCCUCCAAGCACCUCCUGCUCACGAUGGAGGCCUACGGCGCGGCCCCGAAGCGGACAUCGGAGGACUUGGAGUACGACAUGGUGCCCUAUGGUGUAGACUGCAUGUUCGUCGCCAAUACAUAUGCGCUCCCGGACGGCGUCGACGGGCACGAGCGCGUGUUGUACGGACUCGCUGAGUGGGAUGCGGAGCUGUAUGAUGCCGCGGACGAGGAUUGCGUUCAGAUUGUCGGCGGAACGUUCAAGUUCAAGGGCGACACCGAUCCCCAGCAGCACGCCUCACUGGUUAAGGUGCUCAAACUGUCUAUCUUCUUGUAUUUGUCGCUGUUGCUCGAGCAGUAUCUGCUGUCAAAUUCGCAUGUCGAGCUGCACUUUCCGCAGGCCACCCUUCCCUCCUUCAUGAGCGCUCCGAUCGGCGAACCGUCGACGGCGAAGGAGAACAGGGCACGGCCAAAGCGCGACAGCACGCUCGCACACCUCGUUCACCGCGUUGCCGCAGUUGGACCGUCUGUGGCGCGCCGCGGUUCGCUAGAGCUCCCGUUGACUCGCUCGCAGUCUUCUCGCGGGCCUAUGGAGGGCAAUCACCCGCGGCCACGGCGCUUCUCUUUCAUCUCGACGUCGUCGAGCGGGGCCCUACGCGGUGCCGCUGACGGGACGCCCAGCAGCCGUUCGCGGAUACUCUUCGGAACCGUCUUGGUCAGCCUCGCCGAGAAGGAGAAGGAGGACCCGCUGCGGAGGCUCAAUGGCGAGGAGAAGGCAGCACUGACGAGCCUCCUCGGGUGGGAAGGGAAAGACGCGCUCGGACGAGGCAUGGUGGGCACGUCUGGCUUUGUCCGACAGCAGGGCAUCUCGCUGCUGUACUCGGCCCAUGUACCGCUGCCUCUGGUUGCACCCACCCAACCGCCGACGCCGUCGGGCUCGGCGCCAACAUCGUCGGCCAUCACAACACCGCAUCGCUUCACGUCGUGCGGGAAUCGCAGGAAGUGGACUACAUACCGCUACUACCAGCGCAGCCACAAGACGGACGAAACGAUCGGCGAGACUAUUGGCCGUCUCUGCGCGACAGCGGAGGAGCCGUGCCCUGAGCCAGGCUGCCAGUUCCUGUGCAGUGACCACGACAUGCAAUGGAUCCAUGCUGGGGUUCGCAUCGUCGCAACCAUAAGUCUCCCAGCCAACGCGGACGAGGAACCCAAGGACAAGGAACCCAUCUCGAUGUGGCAAAGCUGCGCGGUCUGCGGGAAGGAGACGUCCAAGCAGCAGAUGCACGACGGUACAUACCUCUUCUCCUUCGGCAAGUACCUCGAGCUGCUCAUCUACUCCCCCGCGAUGUGCGGGGUCGCGCCGGAGUUGUGCGAGCACACCGCUGUCUCGGCCGCAUCCAAGGACACGCCGCUUCCCAGCACGCGCUUCAACAUCCUCCGGAGGUUCGAGUGCGGAGUGCGGACGGUGACCUUCUCCCUGUCUGUCGUCGAGGAUAUAUUCGAGCUCAAGGUGCCGCGACUGCAAAUCGUGCGACGACGCCAGGUCGAGAAGGGCUCCGAUAAGGAAACGGCAAGUGCGCCAGCUUCCCCUGUCAAGGUAAACUCCAGCGACGACGAUAGGCGGAUGCUGAGGAAGGAGAUCAUGCGCUGGUGGCAAGGGCUGUCGGAGCAUAUAGACAAACUAGAAGAGAACUUCGUCGGCGAAGGCGACACUACGCGUGUGAAGGCUCUCCCGCGCUUACCCUCGGAGGACGAUGCGUACGACGUGACGGACGAGGCUGCCCAAGCGACGCCCAAGGCUUCGUUAUCCCGCCUACCGUCGUCCGCUUCCACACCAACCGUGACCAUGGCCCGGGAAGAGAGCGGUGCCUCGACCGACAGCACGAUGUCUACGAAGACGGUGACUCCCGCGAAGCCCUUGGCAUCGUCGGACUCGGUGAUCUCUAUUUCAAGCACGUCGCAGUCGGUCCAAUCCGAGGGCGACGAGAUGCAGCUUCUGACCGGGCUGCGCCACUCUUUUCAACGGCAAGAGCAGAACUUGUACGCGGAGCUCGCCAGGACGCCCACCGCCUCUUUGAACGAUGUGCGCCGGUCGUUUGUCGCUGCGGCCAAGGGGGCAUCGCGACGGCUCAACGCGUGGGAGGCUAAGCACUCCUCUGGUCUUCCCAAACAUACGCAUACGAUGAGGACUGCACGGGGUAUGCCGUCUAUCGUGGAACCGGAGUGGUGGCAGAGUGGUUACCAUGCUGUCCCGGGCGGGAACGUCAUCGUGAAGGAAGACGAUUGGGGGAGCAUCAUCGCGUUCACCCUCAGCUCCGCUGACUAUCAGCGUGAACUGGCGAGCAUGUCCACUGCUCUUCCGCGCGCGGCCCUACCUCCCGCCCCUCCGUCUACUCCGCUCGAGACUCGGUCAUCCUUCUUCACACCUGGCUCCUCCUUCAAGCGCUUCCUCACCAGCGCUACGUCACUACCAGAUCCUGACCAAGACGAUGUUGGAUGGCACGAGCCCGAAACGUAUUCAGCGGUGAUCUCUCGCAAAGAGCACCCUAAGGACCCAACGGCGUUGCUCUCCAUCAGGGAUGUCCUGCGACAUAAACCCGGUGCGGACGCUCCGGGAUCGCCGUCGCCCCGACCCAGCUCCUCUUUGGGCACGAAGACCCCAGGAAAUCCGGCGGCAGCACGCGCGAAGCCCGCGGUCGAGUUGUCUACGCAGGCCGCCGGCGGACACGUCAGCGGCAUCGGCGAAGAUGCGGGCAAGCUGCUCCACGACCUGGAGGCGAAUGCCAGUGCCGUGCAUACCUGGCGGACCUCCGGGUCCAGCUCCUCCUCCGCCUCAGGCUUCGUCGAGACGAACAUACGGAGAGGGAAGUCGGCUUCGAUCGUGUCGACCAACAGCAAUGCGUCCACCGAGAGCGCGGGCCCCAGCCGGGGCCCCACUCCCCCGCCGCUGCCGCCGAAGGACGCUGCGAUGUCGGCCGAGUCACUUGCGAAAUACGUGUCGCAGGGCGAGCCUUCGACGUUCGGGUCCACUCCUUCGUUUUUCAUCCCGUCCAUUGCCAACACCCUCACAAGCGCCAUGAGAUACGUGCUCAGCCCCGGAGACGCACAGCGUUCCAGCCCUGCAGCUCCGCAUCACGGCCUGCUCUCGACUGACCUGCCUGCUAUCGACGAGCGGCCCCACAUAAAGUAUGAUUGGACGAUCGGGAAGCGUCUCAAGUUCAGCUGCACGGUGUACUAUGCGCGUCAGUUUGACUCGCUUCGGCGGAGAUGUGGCGUGGAGGACGUGUUCUUGAAGAGCCUGAUGCGGAGCGCGAAUUGGACUGCAGACGGCGGCAAGAGCAAGUCGAACUUUUGGAAGACUUCGGACGACCAGUUCAUCAUCAAGACGCUCGUCAACGCCUGGAAUGUCGCGGAUCUGCAGGUCCUCAUUGAACUGGGGCCGUCCUACUUCCGAUACAUGGACUCGACGGCGGCUAAGCCGUCGGUCUUGGCGAAGUUGCUCGGAUUCUACACAAUCGAGAUCCGAAAUCUCGAAAGCGGGACGACACAAGCUAGGGCUGACCUGCUGGUCAUGGAGAAUCUCUUCUAUGCCCAGAAGAUCAGCAAGACGUUCGACCUGAAGGGCAUCCAGGGGCGCAAGGUCAAGGCGUCAAAACGGCGAGCUAUCAAGGCGGAUUGCGACUUCUUAGCAAGGAGCAACAUCAUGGACUAUUCGUUGCUUCUCGGGAUCGACGAAGACCGCAAACGGAUCGCAUGCGGCUUGGUAGACACCAUAGGGAGCUACACCUUCGCAAAGACCCUAGAAUAUAAAGCGAAGCAGAAUCUCAACUCCGGGAAGGAAGUGACCGUCAUUCCUCCUCACGAGUAUCAAGAACGUUUCGUGACUGCCAUGGACGAAUAUUUCUUGGCCUGUCCAGACAAGUGGUCUCGACCGCUUGACGAUACCAGAGUUCCCCACAGUCAUUUGGACCUGCCGUCAGUCUUGUAGACCAUCCUGCUUGUAUGUCAAGUGAGUGUCGCCUGCUCGCGUGCUCUUCGCCAUACUCACGUCUGCCCUGCCACCGGCGCGCAGCGUUAACCUUACGACCACUCAUGUGCCCGGAGAUGUCUGAUGUUGUAUCGCCAUUGUCUGCACCCAUUGUACCAUACCUGCAUUUGUACCACCGACCAUCGCAUGCACCCAUCCUUCGGCGCGCCUGUACCUCUCCCAUACCCUACGAGUGUGCGACGCCGUAUAUAUGAUAGCCGUUUGCACAACCUGUCGCGAUAUGGAUCACUGGCCAGCAGGCGCUCCCUCAGUCAUGGGGUUGAAUAAGACUCUUCGGUGU